AUGGACGCUGCCGGAAACAACUUUGCUUCAAACCACUAUGUUCGAUCCUCUUGGAUUGCCUUUUUCACCCUCUGGACUCUCUGGGGCCUUGUCUACUUUAUUCGUCAUGCCUUUGGUCGUGAUGACACCAAUCCCAACACCAGAGCUGCUGCUCCUGCUACGAAUGUAGACGAUCCGGAAGCAGCUAAUAAUGCUGCGGGAACAAAAGGAACAGGUCGAUGGAGAAAUGUGCAUACGUCCAUGGCUGAUAGCUUAGGCAGAGCUCAUCAAGUCUUGUUUGAAAACUCGCUCUUGCUCUUGUCCGUAUUGACUCUCAACACUUUUGGAUCCGGCGCUACCCGUUCUGUCAUGAUCUUGUCUUGGAUUUUCUUUGCCUUCACUGCCAUCAAUGCCUUCACUGAAAUUGCAGUCAAGCAUCAUUUCAUCCGUUUUGUCUUCAACAUCAUCUUUUACGGUGUCACCCUUGCCAUUGGUGGCCUUGCAUUUAAGCACGGAUGGUUCUAA